CCCGGCGGGAUAACGUUGCCGCACAAGCCGCUCAAGAUAUCAAGCGCAGAAUGACUGACAAGUAUUGUGGUACUGAUGUGUCAUCCGCACGAGAUAUACUCAACCAACGCAACCGUAACCGCCAGGAACUACGCAAACAGGAGCUGCAGAGCUACACAGAGAGUACCCGGGUCAAGGCAGAUGAACUCAAGAAUAGCUUCUCAGUUAUGUAA